AUGGUCUCCCCUUUGACUUCGUACCUCAUUUGGUUGCUGUUAUGCACUUUGUGCGUUUUGGGGUUAGGCCUUGACGUAUCAGCCCACGAAAUCAAAGAUUUCGAUAAAGUUUUGAUUCACGUCCUUCAUCGUCAUGGUGCCCGCAUGCCGGUUGAUAUACCAAACCAAACCAACUUUUGCGACGAAGCACCAUGUGGUGAACUGACGAAGAACGGGGCGCGUAUGCUGGAGGAGGCUGGGAAGUACCUCUCUAAAGAGUACACAAACGGUCCCAAUCCGCUCUUUCCUAUUUUGGCUAAUCCUUCGAAAUCUGACACUGAUUACAUUGAGUCAAAGCCGGAAUACAACUUGCACGACGUGUACAGUCGCUCGGUUGAUCUUAACCGCAUGAUCCAGAGUGCGGACUCCUUCUUGAAAGGUUUUUUUAAAAAUACACCAGGUACCCCAUGUACGCCGGCCAUUCAUACAGUUCCAAUACCGAUGGAUACUGUUCUCGCGACUUUCCUACAGCCAAACUUGGGGUUCUACUACAUGCACCACCCUGUUACCCUUUCGAAUGCGGCAAACCCUACGACGGACACGCUGUUCCCUGACUGGAGAGACCUCCGUAAAAUAGCGAAGCAGUUGGGUUUGAAUAAAAUCUGUGAUAGUGAGGUAAACCGAACUGAGUGUGCAUUUAGUUUGUUCGAUAUCGCGGCCUCCAUGAACUCAAACGGCAAGAUCAAUCGCUACCCCCUCCUGGAAGCCAAUUAUGAGAAACUAAAACAGAUUACCAGGGCGGUGUAUCGUUUCGAAUCUUACUUUGACUACGAUGACGAGCAGCGCCGGCUGGAGGGGAGUCGUGGAUACAUAUAUUGGAAGCAUGUUCUGAAGAGCAUUUAA